AACUCUAACUUGAAGAAUAUAUAUGUAGAUAUGCUAUUUAAGUUGAAGGACUGCGUUAAUCGUGUUCGUGUUGGGGGUUAGAAUUGGAUCAGAUCAGGGAACAAAGACAAAGUUAAGGAAGAGAAAUGCUCCGAUUAAGAGCGUUCCGGCCGACGAAUGAUAAGAUAGUAAAGAUACAGCUGCACCCCACGCAUCCAUGGCUUGUUACUGCGGAUGCUUCAGAUCAUGUCUCGGUUUGGAACUGGGAUCAUCGACAGGUGAUUUACGAGUUAAAAGCCGGUGGGGUUGAUGAGAGGCGCUUGGUUGGUGCUAAGCUGGAGAAGCUUGCCGAGGGCGAAUCUGACUCUAAAGGAAAACCAACCGAGGCUAUUCGGGGUGGGAGCGUCAAGCAGGUGAAUUUUUAUGAUGAUGAUGUGCGAUAUUGGCAACUUUGGCGUAACCGCUCUGCAGCAGCAGAGUCUCCUUCAGCUGUCAAUCAUCUUACUUCUGCUUUUACUUCUCCUGCUGCAUCAACAAAAGGAAGGCAUUUUCUUGUCAUCUGUUGUGAGAAUAAAGCCAUAUUUCUGGAUUUGGUCACAAUGCGUGGCCGUGAUGUACCAAAGCAGGAACUUGAUAACAAAUCACUUCUCUGUAUGGAGUUUCUGUCUAGAUCUACUGCAGGGGAUGGUCCUUUAGUUGCAUUUGGUGGAUCAGAUGGUGUCAUCAGGGUUCUUUCAAUGAUAACAUGGAAGCUUGUACGAAGAUACACUGGAGGCCAUAAAGGAUCAAUAUCUUGCUUGAUGACCUUUCUUGCUUCUUCUGGCGAGGCACUUCUUGUCUCAGGUGCUAGUGAUGGCUUACUUGUGCUAUGGAGUGCAGAUCACGGGCAAGAUUCACGAGAACUGGUGCCAAAGCUAAGCUUAAAGGCACAUGAUGGCGGGGUCGUAGCUGUUGAGCUUUCUAGAGUUAUUGGUGGUGCUCCGCAACUGAUUACUGUUGGUGCGGACAAGACGUUAGCUAUAUGGGAUACCAUAUCUUUUAAGGAGCUGCAACGAAUUAAACCUGUUCCAAAACUUGCUUGCCAUAGUGUGGCAUCUUGGUGUCACCCACGAGCUCCAAAUCUUGAUAUUCUAACUUGUGUUAAAGAUUCCCAUAUAUGGGCUAUUGAGCAUCCCACUUAUUCUGCUCUCACAAGGCCAUUGUGUGAACUUACCUCAUUGGUUCCUCCUCAAGUACUUGCACCAAGCAAGAAACUUAGGGUAUGGUCUAUUGUAUGGGUUGCACAUCCUUUGCAACCUCACCUUGUUGCUACUGGAACCAAUAUAGGUAUCAUUCUUAGUGAGUUUGAUCCAAGAUCUCUUCCUGCUGUAACGCCACUGCCAACACCAUCAGGAAGUCGGGAGCAUUCUGCUGUCUAUGUUAUCGAAAGGGAAUUGAAACUACUGAACUUUCACUUGUCUAACAUGGCAAAUCCAUCUCUUGGAAGUAAUGGCUCCAUAUCUGAAACAGGAAGGUUCAAGGGAGACUCAGUUGAGUCAUUACACGUGAAGCAGGCCAAAAAGCACAUAAGUACUCCAGUUCCUCAUGAUUCCUACUCGGUCCUUUCUAUUAGCAGUUCUGGAAAGUAUCUUGCUAUUGUUUGGCCGGACAUUCCAUACUUCUCAGUCUACAAGGUUAGCGAUUGGUCCAUUGUUGAUUCAGGCAGUGCUAGGCUUUUGGCUUGGGAUACAUGCCGUGAAAGAUUUGCAAUAUUGGAGUCUGCAUUACCGCCUAGAAUUCCUAUAAUCCCAAAAGGAGGUUCAUCAAGGAAAGCGAAAGAAGCUGCUGCAGCUGCAGCUCAAGCUGCAGCAGCAGCUGCAUCUGCAGCUUCUUCAGCUACUGUUCAAGUCCGUAUCUUACUGGAAGAUGGAACUUCAAACAUACUAAUGAGGUCUAUAGGGGGCCGAAGUGAACCGGUCAUUGGUUUGCAUGGGGGAGCACUGCUUGGUGUGGCCUAUCGGACAUCCCGUAGGAUUAGUCCUGUUACUGCAACAGCAAUCUCAACAAUCCAGUCCAUGCCAAUAUCGGGAUUUGGAAGUAAUGGUCUUUCUUCUUUUAGUACUUUUGAUGAUGGAUUUUCUUCCAACAGAUCAGCCGAGGCUGCACCUCAAAGCUUUCAACUGUACAGUUGGGAAACUUUUCAACCUGUGGGUGACAUGCUUCCUCAGCCAGAGUGGACUGCAUGGGACCAAACUGUCGAGUACUGUGCUUUUGCUUAUCAACAAUAUAUUGUCAUAUCUUCUCUGCGCCCUCAAUAUAGAUACCUGGGAGAUGUUGCAAUUCCCUAUGCGACUGGAGCUGUUUGGCAUCGGAGACAGUUAUUUGUUGCCACACCAACUACUAUUGAAUGUGUUUUUGUGGAUGCUGGGGUUGCACCAAUUGAUAUAGAGACUAGAAAGAUUAAAGAAGAAAUGAAACUGAAAGAGGCACAAACAAGAGCAGUUGCCGAGCAUGGAGAAUUAGCUCUGAUCACGGUUGAUGGUCCACAGGCUGCUUCUCAAGAAAGAGUAGCUUUGAGACCCCCAAUGCUACAGGUGGUCCGCCUAGCCUCCUUUCAACAUGCUCCUUCAGUGCCACCUUUCAUAGCAUUACCAAAGCAAUCUAAAGUUGAUGGGGAUGAUUCAGGCCUAAGAGAGAUGGAAGAAAGAAAGGUUAAUGAGGUAGCUGUUGGUGGUGGAGGUGUCUCAGUGGCUGUUACUCGCUUUCCAGUUGAGCAGAAACGACCAGUGGGACCCCUUGUUUUGGUGGGUGUAAGAGAUGGAGUUCUUUGGCUCAUUGAUAGGGAUAAUGCAAAAGGUUUGUCUAAGGCAUUUGGUCCAUGUGAAAUAGAAAACGUACAUGAGUGUGCCAAUAGAUCGGUACAUGUGGGGUUUCUCGAAGGACUCAAGUUGGAGUUUGAUCUAGCCAUGCAGAGCAAUAAUUUGAAAAGAGCACUUCAGUGCCUCCUUACAAUGAGCAAUAGCAGAGACAUAGGACAAGAUGGUCUAGGGCUUGAUUUGAAUGACAUUCUCAGUUUGACAGCCAAGAAGGAGAACAUUGUUGAAGCUGUUCAAGGAAUAGUGAAAUUUGCGAAAGAAUUUUUGGACCUAAUUGAUGCUGCAGAUGCUACUGGACAAGCUGAUAUUGCUCGUGAAGCUCUCAAGAGGUUGGCUGCUGCAGGUUCAGUAAAAGGGGCUUUACAGGGGCAAGAGUUAAGAGGACUUGCUUUACGCCUUGCAAAUCAUGGAGAAUUGACACGGCUGAGCGGUCUAAUAAACAAUUUGAUCUCGAUUGGCUUGGGACGUGAAGCAGCAUUUUCAGCUGCAGUUUUGGGAGAUAAUGCAUUAAUGGAGAAGGCAUGGCAGGACACAGGAAUGCUAGCUGAGGCUGUGCUUCAUGCUCAUGCCCACGGCCGACCAACAUUGAAGAACUUGGUUCAGGCUUGGAACAAAAUGCUACAGAAGGAAGUGGAGCACACUCCGUCAUUGAAAAUGGAUGCCGCAGCUGCAUUUCUGGCUUCUCUUGAGGAACCAAAACUUACAAGUUUGGCAGAAGCUGGGAAGAAACCUCCAAUUGAAAUUCUUCCUCCAGGCAUGUCUUCCCUUCUUGCUUCAAUUUCUGUUCAGAAAAAGCCUCCUGCAGCACAGAGCUCACAGCAGCAACCAAACAAACCAUUGCCGUUGGAAGCACCUCCUAGCACCCCAGCAACUGCUACACCAGCACCUGCUACUACAGAAGCUCCUGUUCCUACAGGACCAGCAUCUGAAGAUGCUCCACCUCAAUCAGAAGUGAAUGAAGCCUCUUCAGAAAAUAAAGCUGUGGCUUCUAGCUCAGAAAGUAAUCCAGAACUGUUUGCUUCAGAAGUAAUUGUUCCUUCAACAACGAGUGAUACAGUACCUUCAGGGGUACCUUCGGAGGUACCUUCCGAGGGCCAACCUGAGGCCUCUGAUACCCAGGAAACGAGUGUUUCAACAAUGCCACCAACUGACCCCCAGUUGCUUGAAAGCCAGGAAACAAGAAACUAGUGCAUAUAGAAAACUUUCCACCAAUUCUUUCUAUUAAUUUGUAUCUCAUUUCCCCUUCUUCAUAUGAAGGAACAUGGCUGCCCCAAAUUUCUAAAAGCAGCAG